UGGAGUCACCGCAGCGGCCGCCUCCGGGCCCACGGCUACAACUUGCAGGAGCAGCGGGAUCGCUGGCGGGAGCGGGAGGCAGUUUGGGCUUGAGCUCCUGGCCUCUCUGUUCCCCAGCUUUAAGGAAGGCUAGGCGGGAACAGCACCUGGUCAGCAAGAGAUUGCUGAGGGACAAUGACCUAGAAGAAGCCAGAGAUGAGUUCCAGAACAAGCCCCUGGAAGAGCUGGAGGUGCUACACUUACUGAGGAUGUCUCAGCGGGGAACUGAGAAAGAGAAAGAGAAGGCAUUAAUCAGCCUCCGGCAUAGCCUACAGCAUCCUGAGACACAGCAAACUUUUAUCCGGCUAGAAGGCAGCAUUCGGACACUCAUUGGACUCCUGACUAGCAACUGGGCUUCACUCCAGAUGGAGGCAGCUCGAUGUCUGCAUGAACUCUCCCAUGCCGACCAGCCCAAUGUGGCAGAAGCCUGUCUGCCUUCCACAUCCUACCUCCUCACGUACCUCUCCGGGCACAGUGCUGACUUCAUAGAGCUAUGUCUCUACACACUAGGCAACCUGGCUGUGGAGAGUGAGGCUGUGAGGAGGCAGCUUCUGCCACAGGGCAUUAUUCCAGCUCUUGCUUUAUGCAUCCAGUCGCCCCAUGCAGCUGUUCUGGAAGCUCUUGGCUACACCUUGUCACAACUUUUGCAGGCCAAUGAAGCUCCCAAAGAAAUCAUUCCCUCUGUCUUGGACUCUGCCAUCCUCCCGAACAUGCUUCGACUUCUACACCCUACCCCAGAGCUGGGGGCUAGUGUUGCUGUGGAGUUUGCCUGGUGCCUUCAUUACAUUAUCUGCAGCCAGGUGAAUAAUCCACUGCUCAUUUCUCGAGGAGCUUUGUCCACUCUGGGGCUAUUGCUGAUGGAUUUGGCUAGGGCUGCCUCAGGAUCUGUGGAUACAGGACUGGAUCUGUUGGCCUGUCCAGUACUUCGGUGCUUUGGUAACUUGCUGGCAGAGGAAGGAGCGGCAGAUGCAGGGGUACGAGCAGAUUUUGGAGAUGAGCGAAUUAUAGUGGCCAUGUUUAUCCUCAUGGAGUUCUUCAUCCAGCAUCAACCUAGCCUGGUUCCUGAGUGCCUUUGGGUCCUCAACAACCUAACUGUGAAAGAUCCUGGCCUCUGCACUGCGAUGCUCUCCCUGGAUCUUGUCGCUCCCCUCUUGCAACUCUUACCCAUUUCACGGGUGGUACGUAUAUUGGUGCUCACAAUCCUGUGCAACAUUGCAGAGAAGGGCCCUUUCUACUGCCAGAGGCUGUGGCCUGGUCCACUACUCCCCCACUUGCUAGAUAUCUUGACCCUUUCUGACUCAGAGGUGGUAGGCCAGAGCUUGGAGCUAUUGCAACUGCUGUUUGUACACCAGCCUGAGGCAGCUCAGGACUUCUUGCAGCAUUCUGGCCUACAGGCCUUGGAGAAACACAAAGAAGAGGCUGACCUCCAGGAACGCAUACAAGCUCUUCAGGAGGUGGCACUGGGAGGAAGUUCACUUGUACCGAAUGCUUUGGCACUGCCAUAGUCUCUCUCUUGCCUGCUUUCUUCUAGGAGCUAGUCCUGUCGUUUUGUGGUUCAAAAGUUAUCGUCUAUGCUCCAGUUAUGCUUCCCUUCAGGGACGACUAAAUGGGCACCAGGUCGAGGCUGCUCAGUCUUGUCCCAUUUCCUGUGUCCCAUCCCCCAGCCCCCCUAAUCCCCCCCUUCUUCCUUUUCCCUCUUUCAUAUAUCACAGCUUCUCUUAGAACUGAAAAGUUGUAUUACAUUAAAUUUCUUCAGUCACAA